AUGUUUGCACGUUCACAUCCGGCUCUACUAGCCAAUGUGCUGCGCCUUCGCGUUGGUCUCAUUAUCCAGCUGAUGGGUGCGGAGUUGGCCCGUUCUAGGCAGAGCUCUGUCGAAGACGCCCUUUUUGCGCUCUUCUCGAUGAGCCCCUUCGAAGCUAAUUGCCUUUUAUCCAACCUCCUCAGUGGCAACGAGAUUCGAACAUUCAAACUCGGUAAGCGAGGCUUGCUCACCAACCCCUCUGAGUAA